AAAAUCGAUGCUGCUUGCAGCGAUUUACAAUGUAAAAGUGUCAGAAGUCAUAUGAUUCAAAUACAGGACCACCAACCGUAGCUACCAUUACAUAAUAAUGAAAAGUCCCUACUACAUUGUUGAGUAUUAAAGUUUUGAAUUUUUCGAACAAUGGUUUUAAAAAAUUUACAUCGUUUAUCUAAGCUUUUUCAACCGGUUUCAGUAGUUCCAAAAAAUGCUGAGGUAAAACGGCAUGAUAUCACUUCUAAGAGUCAACGAUUAAUGCUAGAACUUGGAAUUAUUAAACAGGCAAGCCCGGGUUGUUUUCAUUUUUUACCUUUAGGUGUCAAGUCGUUGGAGAAAUUAACGAGUUUGGUUGAUGAAGAAAUGAAAAAAAUUGGAGGGCAAAAAAUUAUUUUUCCCACGCUAACUAACGCAAAAUUGUGGGAAAAGACAGGCAGAUUGGAAACUGUUUCCUCUGAACUUUUUCAAAUUAAAGACAGGCAUGACCAGAGCUACAUUUUAAGCCCUACACAUGAGGAAGCAGCGAGUAAUUUACUUGCGUCAUUAUCACCUAUUUCAUAUAAGCAGUUACCUUUAAAAUUGUAUCAGAUUACUAGUAAAUAUAGGGAUGAAAUGAAACCGAGGUUUGGUUUAAUGAGAGGAAAGCAGUUUCUUAUGAAAGAUAUGUAUUCAUUUGAUACUGACAUCAAAACAGCGAAACACACUUAUGAUGAAAUUUGUAAAAGUUAUGAUAAAAUUUUCAGGAAAAUUGGAAUUGAUUUUAUCAAAGUGGUGGGUAGUUCAGGGCACAUGGGGGGCGAAUUGUCUCAUGAAUACCAGUACAAAGCAGAUGUCGGUGAAGACAAAAUUUUAACCUGCACCAAAUGUAAUUAUUCUGCAAACACAGAAAUAUCGGGGGAGGAAAAAUGCCCUAAUUGUGGAAAUAAUUCAGUUGAGAUCCAUUUAGGGAUAGAAGUUGGCCACACUUUUCUUUUGGGUGAAAAGUACUCAAAACCGCUUAAUGCCACAUUCCUAAGUAAAAAUGGCAAACUUGAGGUGUUACAAAUGGGCAGUUAUGGAUUAGGAUUAUCACGGAUUAUGGCUGCGGCAAUUGAAGUCAUGUCAAGUGAACAAGAAAUCAGAUGGCCGGAUAUUUUAUCUCCUUUUAGCGUCAUUAUUUUACCUCCUAAAAGCGGCAGUAAGGAAGAAAUACACAUUCAAAAUUCUGGUUUAGUUGAAUCACUCUAUGAAAAAAUUGAAACAAUUUGUAAUUUAAAAGACAACGUUUUAAUCGAUGACAGGACGAAUUUUACAAUAGGCCGUCGAUUGUUAGAAGCAAAGAGAAACGGUUAUCCCUUUAUAGUAGCUUUAGGUAAAAAAAUUCUUGAAAAUCCAUUUUUAUACGAAAUUACUAAUUUAAAAACAAAUGAAACGAUAUUUUUAAGUGAAAAUGAUUUAUUGAAUUAUCUUAGGAAUCACCUGUCGUCGUCAUCAUGUGAUCCUGAUAAUAAAUAACUUCCAGA